AUGGCCACCAUGCCCCUGCACGUCCAAUUCACCGUCUCCCACUUCGCAAUGUCCACCACCGACCUCGGCCCGAACGAAUCUUUCGCCCAAAAGAUGCUCCGCACCACCAUGGACGUCGACUGUCCGCCCUGGCUGGACUGGUUCCACGGCGGAUUGCAGUUCCAGGCCAUCCACCAUCUGUACCCCCGCGUGCCGCGGCAUAAUCUGCGCCGCACACAGGCCUUGGUGAUGGAGUUCUGUCACGAUGUGGGUAUCCCGUACGCGCUGUAUGGGUUUGUGGGCGGGAAUCGCAAGGUCCUGGGCAGCUUGGCGGAGGUGGCCAGGCAGGCGGCGAUUCUGGAGAAGUGUCGCAGGACGGUUGCUGAGAGGGGGGAUUUGGUUUGGGGAGGUAGAGGUUGUUAA